AUGAAUGGACAUGUCAAUUUUAUACGAUAUGAUUCUAUUGAAUAUUUUGGAUAUCAUACGCUAUAUUUUUCCGAUAUUUCAUUGAUUGAUUUGAAUUCGAAAGAAGUUAGUCCAGAUAUCAAACUAUUGGCGAGAAAUUUGUGAGUUGUGGGAAUUUUUAAUUAAAAUCAUUAUUUUUUUCAGCGUUGAUUCAAUUCUCGACAUCAAACCUGAUCCAAUAAAAAUUGAAUGCGGUUUCUUUUGGAAAAUAUUUGGAUUUGUUGUAAUUGGAAGUUUUAUUGGCUCGAUUUUCGGAUUUGGUUUGGCUACAGCAAUUGCUUGUAUCAUCAAGAAGAAGAAUUUGAAAUCCAAACCAAAAUCGAAAGAAACAUCGCCAGAAAAACCUACUGGAAAACCAGGAAAAACUGAAAAAUUGGCAAAACAAAAAGCAAUUACUGAAGUUGAGAUUGAAACUGAAGGGGCAACAACACAAGGAUCAACUCAGACAUCAACACAAGGUGGAACAACUACAAGUGGAACUACAGGUGGAACAACUCAACGAAGAACCAGAAAAUCUUAUGAUUAUGAUGUAACUUAUUGA